UUUAAUUUUGGCGGAGUCGGUGUACUAAAAGUGGGGAAGUGGGAGGUAGGACGAGAUCGAGAACCCCAAGGUCGGGAGUUAGGUCGGGAAGGGUCGGGCGGCAGGCGGAGGCACCAGGCAUGGAAGGCAGUUCUGCAGACGGUGGUCUCAGCUUCCAGCUAGGGCACGUCAACUUGUCCCCCUUCCCAGGAUUCUCCUCCUCCGCUGACUCGCCUCUCCGCUUUGAGAAGAUUUUGGAGGCCGAGGGUGUUGAGGACGUCCCUGUCGCUGACGUGGAGGAGGAAGGCGAGGACAGGGAUCGCAUUCUCAGCCAAGACUUCUUCUGUACUCCAGAUUACAUCACACCAGAUGCCCAACAGAUUGACAACGGGUUUCAGUUCGAUAAGUUGGGUUCCACACAGGAGAACAUUCCGUGCCCAAAAUCGCCGGAAAAGACAACGAAUAGCAGGAACAAACGUCAUAAAAGUGAGUUCUCUCCUAAUAAACCCCUCUAUGUCAAUGUUCCAAGCCAUCAAGCUGUGGAGAAUCGGUUAAAUGACUAUGAUUCUGAUAUAAAUAUGAAUAACAAAUCAGUUCAAAUUGGACAACAGAAGAAGAGAAGUUAUGUUUCUCAGUCAGCAAUUGUUUUGCGGAGUAGAGUCACACCACCACCCUGCAUCAGGAAUCCAUACAUGAAGGAAACAUCAUCAAAGGUUCUAGAUAUUUUUGGUGACAGAAGAUUUAAAUCCACAGUCUCAAUUGGUGGAGAUGGCCUUUCACGAUAUCACACUGAUUUUCAUGAAAUUGAGCAAAUUGGUUAUGGGAACUUUAGCAAUGUGUUCAAGGUUCUCAAACGAAUAGAUGGUUGCUUGUAUGCGGUGAAGCAAAGCAACAAGCAAUUGCAUCAUGACAUGGAAAGGAGGUCUGCUUUGAUGGAAGUUCAAGCUCUUGCCGUCCUAGGAUCACAUGAGAAUGUAGUUGGAUAUUACACUUCUUGGUUUGAAAAUGAACGACUGUAUAUUCAAAUGGAACUGUGUGAUCGAAGUCUUUCCAUAAGUCCAGGUCAGAAUAUCAAGAGAGAAGAAGCUUUCAAAAUAAUAUAUCAGAUGGCUAAGGCACUGCACUUUAUGCAUGAAAAAGGAAUAGCCCACUUGGAUGUCAAACCUGAGAAUAUUUAUUUUAAAGAGGGCAUUUAUAAACUUGGUGAUUUUGGUUGUGCGACACUCAUAGACAAGAGUCUGUGUGUUGAAGAAGGUGAUUCACGUUACAUGCCUCCUGAGAUGUUAAAUGACAAGUAUGAGCAUCUUGAUAAGGUGGAUAUCUUCUCUUUGGGAGCAUCUGUCUAUGAACUUGUGAAGGGUUCCCCUCUGCCUGACUCUGGUCCCCAGUUCUCCAACCUUAGAGAGGGCAAAAUCCCUUUGCUUCCAGGAUACACCAUUCAGUUUCAAACAUUGCUUAAGGCUAUGAUGGAUCCUGAUCCUUUGAAACGGCCAUCAGCGAAAGAGAUACUAGAACAUCCUACAUUUGAGAAGCCAAAGGUGUCGUUGAAGCACUCUUCUUCUAGGCAGUCCUGUUCUAGGUUAACGAAACUCCGGUAGUGGUUGAAUUCGAGUGACUGGGAUAUAAACUGUUGCAUCAGGUAAAGGUGUGGUAGUUGAGCUCUCGGUAAUGGCAAGCAGGAUUUUUGCAUUUUCUUACCACGCAGAAAAAAGAAAUGAUGCACAACUUUUGUAUAAAUAUGUUGCAGGCUUUUUGCCUAGCCAAGAUGGUGCAUCCUUGUAUUCCCCGUGGGGUCUUCUGUAAACUCUAUCAUUUUACCUGAUUAUGCCCAGCAUUUUUCAUCUUGA